AUGGAAUAGGAGAUCUCAGGAUGGAUAGAUGAUGCCGAUUAAUUAGAUAGAAUGAAGUUUUAAAGGUAGAAGGAAGAGAAAAUAGAUAAAGUUCCCUUGCAUUAAAAUCUUCGUAGUUAUAGUUUAUGUUAAAAAAAAGAAGAUUCUGAGAAGUUGCUCACUUCAAAAUCAAAUCUCUUUACUGACAAAGAGAAUUCAUCCCAAUAUGUAAAGUACAAGAUGUAGAAAAAAUAAAAUAGUACAAUAGAAGAGUUGAAAAAAGUGAUGGAGUUCCUAUCAAUAAAUGAACAAUAUAGGUAUGAGACUCAUAGAGCAUUUGAUCCAAAUGAUGACAGGUUCAUCAAGCAGUAAUAGUAGCUUAUUGAAAAAUAAAAGCAAUAAUAAGAACUCAAAAAAAAUAAGUUCAAGCUUCAAUUGGAUAUCAAAGACAAUUAUCAAUCAAUGCCAAAAUCUAAAAGGUUCUUACAGCCAUUAACUGAUGUCUAAUCAACAUAAAAGAUGAACAGUGAAAGAUCACAAUGUAAUUAAAUUCAAUAGAAUGGUAAUCUGGAAUCUAAAAGCCAAACACAAACAAAGUUUAAAUUUCCAAAAUUCAUCAUUUAACAAUAAAGAUAAAAGAGACAACAUUAUAAAACAGAUGAAUUUAUUGGAAAUAAAGACUAAUUGGAACAACAAACUAAACAUUUCAUCUAGAUUAAUAGAAUAUUUAGCAAUAAUAAUUUAACAGAUAGCAAACAAACCAUCUAUACUCCUAAAACUGUUACAUCAACUAAAUACUAGGUUUAAUUAUAACAAACGAUUAGUAAUUUAAAUUAGGCUAGAGAUAAUGCCUAUACAUAUGAUCUAUUGAACAGAAAAACACCUUCAAUACAGGAAAAUAAGGAAAAGCAGAAACAACUUAAAUUGUUAGAAAUAGCUCUAAAAUGUAAGAAUAUUAAAUGA